AUGUUGAAGAGUACUUCUCUGCUCGGAGCAUCAACACAGAUCUUUCAGAGAGUUCCCAGCAUUCAUCCAAUACACGAGGAACUGAGAUCAGGAUGCGCCAUCAACGUGCAUGGAAGGUCAAAGCUUGGAAAGAACUUCGGAGUGUUCGUGGUUGAGUUGCUCAGCCGUUCAUCCACGAUCAUGUCUUUGGAAUUCAAUGCGAAAACUGGCGAGGUAAAAGCGAUAUCGCGUACCGAUGGUAAAAUGGAUAAAGAGAUAGAGAUGAAUGGGCAUUUCGUUGGGUGCUUUGUCCCGACGGGUGAUGUGCGAAGUGUCGAGGCCAUUGGUAUUAAAGGCGAUGUGCAUGUGAAUAUAAUGACAAUCGAAGGAUUUCCGUUUCUGAAAAGUUAG